CUGGCAUCAAUGAAUGGAAAAUGGGGGUGACCAUAGUGAUGUUUCCUGGACCCUUGGAAAGCCACUCGGUCCCCAUGAUCGAGCUCUCCAACCGCCUUCUCCGCCACCACGCCGACCUCAACAUCACCAUUCUCCUCAGCCGCAAUGCCGCUACCCGGCCUCUCACCCCUCGCUUGAGCUUCAUCGAGCUCCCAUACGUUGAGCCCUCGACUGGUGCACAGAUGAAUCUGGCGGAAACCCUCAUCGGCCAUGUUGACCGGCUAAAACCCGUGGUCGCCGAUGCUCUUGCUUCCAUCCUAAAUACAAACGUUGCAGUCCCGGCCUUCGUUGUUGGUAUGUUCGGAACCACCAUGAUCGAUGUCGCCGCCGACCUCGGGGUGCCGGCAUACAUCUUCUUCACCACCAGCGCCACCGGACUCGGUGUCUUUCUUCACCUUCCAGUGGUAGACUCGAAGUACAAGGAAGAUGAGUGGAGGGCGCACAUGGAAGGAAUUGAUGUUGCAGGCCUGCACAUGGUGCCGCCGCUGGACUUCAUCUCUGUCCUUGGGUACAAGCAGAGCCCAGCGUACACUUGGUUCCUUAACAGCUCAAGACAAUACGUUAAGGCUCAAGGAAUCAUUGUGAAUUCUUUCAAUGACCUGGAGACAAAGGCUCUAGAAGCCUUGGCCCAAGGCGCGUACCUGCCCGCGGGACACACCAUGCCAUCCAUAUACCCAGUCGGGCCCUUGCUCGGGCUUGACGGCAGGCAGGCCGAGUUUGCAGACCACCCUUGCAUCAAGUGGCUCGACGGCCAGCCGAACUCGUCCAUCGUUUUCCUAUGUUUUGGCGGCAUGGGCACCUUCUCGACCGAGCAGGCUAGGGAAAUUGCUCUGGGUCUGGAACUUAGCGGGCAUGGGUUUCUGUGGUCACUCAGGGUUCAGUCGGGAUCGAAGGAAACAGAUCUACAGGCGGCGCUGCCGGAUGGGUUCCUGGAGCGAACCAAAAGUCUGGGCCUGGUCUGGACGGAGUCGGCCCCGCAGGUAUCGAUCCUGGCUCACCCAGCAGUGGGCGGGUUUGUGACUCACUGCGGAUGGAACUCGGUACUGGAGACCAUGUGGUUCGGGGUGCCGAUGGUCGGCUGGCCGCUCUAUGCGGAGCAGCGUCUCAAUGCGUUUGUGCUGGCAAAGGAGCUGGGAAUUCUGUGCGGGCGGCUGAAGAAGGAGGAGGACGACGACGAAGCGUUGGUGGAGGCGAAAGAUGUGGGAGAGACAGUGAGAAGGCUGAUGGAAGAGGAAGAGGGUAGAAGGGCGAGGGAGAAAACUUUGAGGAUGAAAGAGUUGGGAAGGAAAGCUGUGGAGGAAGGUGGUUCUUCGUAUGCCAAUUUGGCUCUACUGGUAAAUCAAUGGACCUGCGCAUCCAACAGCCAAUCUUAGCAGAAAUGUUAAUUUUAUGUAAAGGGUUUAUGACAUUAUGUGUUGCCAAGCCAUCUAGCAGAUGAACUAGUGACACACUAACUCGGCCUUGUUUGGUUUGCUUUUGCUCCUCUUGUGUUUGAAUGUCCAGUUCAGCUUGUUCCCUUCAAUAAAUUAGACUAAUCAUA